CGAGGAUGAAGUUUGAGAACCUGCUGGUUGAGGUGGGAGGUUUUGGCUGGCACCAGGCAAUUGUCGUCCUCCUGCUAGUCAUCCCCCGCCUGACCAUUCCCUUCAAUUUCCUGCUGCCAAACUUCAUAGGCGCUGUGCCGUCUCACCAUUGUGACAUCAGCAUUCUAGAAUCAGAAUGGGGAGCAGCAGCAGAGAACCUGACUCGGGAACAAUGGCUGAAUGUGAGCAUUCCGAGGCAGGAGGACGGCCAGCUGUCGUCCUGCGAGAUGUUCCUUGAGCCGCAGUUCCAGCUACUGGGCAACGUGUCGCUCCACAACACCACAACAACAACAUCUGACCUGCCCACUGUGAAGUGCCAGAAGGGCUGGGUGUACGACAACAGCUCCUUCUCCAGCACCAUGGCCACGGAGCUGAACCUGGUGUGCCAGCGCAAGAGCAUGAACAAGGCCACGGCCACCAUCUUCUUCAUCGGCGUGAUGGUAGGGGCCGCGUUCUUUGGCAGCAUGAGUGACAGGUUUGGCCGCAAGCGCAUGCUUUUGUGCGCCUACCUGCUGGGCAUCACCUUCGGCAUGGCCAGCGCCUUCACCCACGACUUUGUCACCUUCGCCGCCACGCGCUUCCUCACCGGGCUGGGCAUCAGCGGCAUCAGCCUCAUCUCCAUCGUCCUCUGCGUGGAGUGGGUGGACAUCGACCACCGCACCUUGGUCGGGGUCAUGAUCAGCCUGGACUGGACGACGGGCACCGUGCUGCUGCCCGGCAUUGCGUACUUGGUCGGGGAGUGGCGCUACCUGGUGGUGACUGUCACCAGCCCUCUCGUGCUGGCCACCAUCACCUGGUGGUGGCUGCCUGAGUCCGCGCGGUGGCUGAUCGCCAACGGGAGGCUGGACGAGGCGCACUACUACCUGACCAGGUGUGCCCGCGCCAAUGGCAGGGCGCAGGUGAUGACGGAUAUGAAGCCGCACGCACUGUCCAAGGUCAUCAUCGCGGAAUCUAGCGGCGGCAGGAAGUACAGCUACCUGGACCUGCUACGGACGCCCAAGCUGAGACGCAUCGCCAUGGUGACGGCCACCGUCUGGUUCAGCGUGGCCUUCACCUACUACGGCAUCAGCCUCAACAUCACCGGCUUCGGACUCAACAUCUACCUCACCCAGCUCAUCUAUGGAGCCAUCGAGGUGCCGGCGAAGCUCCUCAUCUACGUCUGCCUGGACAGGAUCGGUCGGCGCCUCAGCCUGGUCAGCACCUUCCUGGCCACGGGCACCUGCUUGGCCGUGAACGUGUUCCUGCCAUCCCGCCUGACCUUAGCCCGGACCGCGAUGGCCAUCCUGGGCAAGGGUCUGUCCGAGUCCUCCUUCACCUGCAUCUUCCUCUACACCACUGAGCUGUACCCCACGGUGGUGCGGCAGAACGGCCUGGGCUUCAGCUCCUUCAUGGCCCGCAUCGGGGUGUCCCUGGCCCCGCUCAUGGGGCUCCUGGAGGACGUCUGGGGCCCAUUGCCGGGCCUGCUGUUCUGCGCCGUGGCCAUAGCGGCAGGUCUCGCGGCCUUGCUGCUCCCCGAGACUCACAACGUGCGGCUGCCGGAGACCAUCGAGGACGUGGAGCAGACCAGGAGGUGGUCGGUGGCCAGUACCGACGAGCACUGGAAGGAGGCCGAGGCUGAGGCUGCAUCCGGGAAGUGACAGCCGCACCGUGGUGGUGUCCAGCAUUGCCAGAUGUCGCCAAUGAUUUCCAGCCCAACAAAUGCUCAAAAACUGCCUGAAGGCACCACAUCUUGCCUCACUUGAACUAAAGUCUAUUGAUUUCUAUGGUGACACAUCUACAGAAAGCUACUGCCUAAAUCAACAUACGUACUUGAAGAUGGCCAUCCUAAACAGCCCAAAUGGGUGGGAAACUGCCAGAUCUAGCAACCGUGGUUGUGUCAACACAGUACUGGCUACAAUGUCAUGCGGUUUUGCCACAACAGUAAAUGCAGUUACAUUGCCAUGAUCAGUGCUUUAAGUGGAUUAGUAUGGAGUACUGGCACCUCUCAAUUGUUGCCCUUAGAGCAACAAGCAUUUUUUUUUCUGUGUACCUGUAUAAUACUGCCAUUCACUUUUUUUUCAUUGAGUUACGUAAUGGAGUAGACAACAUGGUACUCAUGAGAGUCAGUAAAGCAUGAUCAUGUCCUACCUACUGUAUGUAAUGUACCCUGUAUCUUACAAUACACUCAUUGUAGUGUCAACUAUGUCAAAGCGUAAGGAUUACUGUAGAUAGUACCAUGAGAUGUAUUAGAGUAGAUUAGAGUCUGAUCUAGGGUCACAGUUCAGUGGGUGAGAAUAUGCUGCCUGAUACUGUUUGAAUAUAACUUUUAAAGCAUGUGAAUGCAGUGUGUCUAAAAUGUUUUGUAGGAAUGCAUUUCAAUGGUUUCAGAAUGUGUGUCAAAAAUACUGGGCAGUGCACUAUAAGUACAGCACAUAGGGCUUAGGGUGCAUGUAGGCCAAGGGUGUAAUAUUUUACGGUUUUGCAUGAUCUGUGUUUGAAGUUUAACACACAAAAAACUAGCUGUGAAUAAAUGGCUUGUUUAUGGAGUAAA